CCAUCUCAGAUUUUUCCCUCCCUCCAUCCUCUGGAAAGCUGUGCUGUAGAGCGCUCGCGGGGUGGGGAGAGCACUUCUCCCCAAGGCUCGGGGAGGCGAGAACCGAGAAGCCCCCUCGCCUGGACCUCCCUGAGGGCGCGCGGGGGGGAGGGGAGCGCUUCGGCCCCUUUAAGGUGCGGCGCUCGGCGAAGUGCGGGCAGGCGGCCCGCGAGCCGGCGCGGGGCCAGGAGCCGGGUAGGGAAGUCCUGCCUCCCCCUCCGCCCGCACCGGCCCGCGCCCUCCGCCCACCGCGCCGCGAGGGCCAUGAGGCGCCUCUGAACCAUGUCGUCCUCCUACGCCAAGAACGGGGCGGCGGACGGGCCGCACUCCCCCAGCUCGCAGGUGGCCCGAGGCACCACGACCCGGAGGAGCAGGUUGAAAAGAUCCGAUGGCAGCACCACUUCCACCAGCUUCAUCCUCAGACAGGGGUCAGCAGAUUCCUAUACAAGCAGGCCAUCGGACUCCGAUGUCUCUUUGGAAGAGGACCGGGAAGCGAUUCGGCAAGAGAGAGAACAGCAAGCAGCUAUCCAGCUUGAGAGAGCGAAGUCCAAACCUGUAGCCUUUGCGGUGAAAACGAACGUGAGCUACUGUGGUGCCCUGGAUGAGGAUGUGCCCGUUCCCAGCACAGCCAUCUCCUUUGACGCCAAGGACUUUCUUCACAUUAAAGAGAAAUAUAACAAUGAUUGGUGGAUAGGAAGGCUGGUGAAGGAGGGCUGUGAGAUCGGCUUCAUCCCAAGUCCACUGCGCUUGGAGAACAUACGGAUUCAGCAGGAACAGAAAAGAGGCCGUUUUCAUGGCGGGAAAUCGAGUGGAAACUCUUCCUCCAGUCUGGGAGAAAUGGUGUCAGGAACAUUUCGAGCAACUCCCACAACAACAGCAAAACAGAAGCAGAAAGUGACGGAGCACAUUCCUCCGUAUGAUGUUGUGCCAUCAAUGCGUCCUGUGGUGUUAGUGGGGCCAUCACUGAAAGGUUAUGAGGUAACAGACAUGAUGCAGAAAGCCCUCUUUGAUUUCCUGAAGCACAGGUUUGAUGGGAGGAUAUCAAUCACCAGAGUGACAGCCGACAUUUCUCUUGCUAAGAGGUCUGUCCUCAACAAUCCUAGCAAGAGAGCAAUAAUUGAACGUUCAAACACCAGAUCCAGCCUAGCGGAAGUACAGAGUGAAAUUGAAAGAAUUUUCGAGUUGGCAAGAUCUUUGCAAUUGGUUGUUCUCGAUGCAGACACCAUCAAUCACCCAGCACAGCUGAUAAAGACAUCGUUAGCGCCCAUCAUCGUCCACGUGAAGGUCUCGUCUCCAAAGGUUUUACAGCGGCUGAUUAAGUCCAGAGGAAAGUCCCAGAGCAAACACUUGAAUGUUCAACUAGUGGCAGCCGAUAAACUGGCCCAGUGCCCCCCUGAAAUGUUUGAUGUUAUAUUAGAUGAGAAUCAACUUGAGGAUGCCUGUGAACAUCUGGGAGAGUACCUGGAGGCAUAUUGGCGUGCCACCCACACAAGCAGUAGCACCCCUAUGACCCCAUUGCUGGGGAGGAACGUGGGCUCCACAGCUCUCUCACCGUAUCCCACAGCAAUCUCUGGACUACAGAGUCAGCGGAUGAGGCAUAGCAACCACUCUACAGAGAAUUCUCCAAUUGAAAGACGAAGCCUAAUGACCUCUGAUGAAAAUUACCACAAUGAGAGGGCCCGCAAGAGUAGGAACCGCUUGUCCUCCAGCUCCCAGCACAGCCGAGAUCACUACCCUCUGGUGGAAGAAGAUUAUCCUGACUCAUACCAGGACACUUACAAACCCCAUAGGAACCGAGGCUCACCUGGGGGAUGCAGCCAUGACUCCCGACAUAGGCUUUGAGGCUGCCCAAACAAACAAACAAACAAACAAACAAAAAUCAUCUGUUGACAAUUUGCCAUAGUACUGCUAAGAUAAACCAGUCAUCUUAAUUUGGCAAGCAUGGCACAGUAUCUGCUGUGCGGGUGGUCUGCUGUCGUUUGAUGUAAGGGGCAAGAAUUAAAUAGAAGUACAUUAUGCCCUUGAGUCUAGGAGGGUAUUAGAUACCCGUCAUAUAGGUAUUUUUAAGUGCUACAUUUACAUGAUAACAGUACCUUUUGUUUUCUUCAUAGAUUUUAGACACAUCAAUUUGUAAUUUAGGGUACUGAUCAAGGCACAUAUAAAAUAAUUUCCCGUGUAGGAAAUUCCAAAUGACCAGUUCCAGUUGGAACCAAUUUAUAAACCAAUUCCUGUUGGAAUUUGGGUGAAUUGACUGGAAAGUCUACCUGAGCAUGUUGAAAUCAAUUGAAAAAAUCAGAGAAGAAAAAAAUACCCAAUAAGGAAAUCAAAAUACUAAUAGAAACCAAACCCAGCUAUGGUAUUUGUUUGCUGGAAGCUAAAUUUACACUUCAAGUUGGAAUGUAUAAACAUUUUAAUAAUGUUGCCGGAAUGGCUUUUCAAACUUACCAAAUAUAUUGAUAGUGCCAAAAAAAAAAUCUCAGAAAUCUUAAUGCAGAAAUUAUAUAAUCGCCUCAGAUUUUAAUAUUUUUUAUUUUUCCUGAUAUAGCUGUUGUAUUCAAAGUGUUUUGCCUUCUGUUCAGUCAGUACUGUUAGCCAGUUUGAAGUUGACAAAAUCCAGGGGAUAUUUGAGAAUGAUAAAGAGAAGCCCUAGCACGGACAGUUCCAGAGAGUGGAGAAUGAGGUGUUGUUCCUUCUGCAGUCAGUCUGCACACAGCUGCACACAUCUGGAGACCCGGUGUCAGGUAGCAGAGAUGUGGCAGGGCCUCUCUGGCUACAACGGUAAUUGGCUUCAGGUGGGAAGUCGUCCAUCAUACAGCACACCGACAUGGGCUUAGGAGCUGUGCCAGCAUGGCUGAGUGUCUUUCCCUCACUUCAGCCAGUCUCCAUCUUUGAAUAUAAUGAAUGUUUUGACCCUGCAUCACACUUCUUUUAUGUUUCAUGGGCAUAAUCAAAUUAGGUACUGAAAGUUAUGUUUUCACAAAAUAAUUAAGAAAACUUAAAACACUGAAUUAAAAUCUUGCAGAGAAAGAAAAAAAAAACCCUCACAGAAUCAGAAUAUAUUUAUUCACUAAAAGCAAGACAGUUUCAAUACACGGCAUUAGAGAGAGUUGAGAGACUGCUCGGUUCCAUUGAUAGUGAACAGCCUUUAGACUUCCAUGAGUGUAUUUAUGGAAUUGGUGACCUAUGUCCUAUAUUAUUAAAGACAGCUUUAAUCCAAGAAAUUAGUGAAAUUGACCCUUUGAAACAAAUGUCUUUCUGAAAGGGCUUGUUUCUGAAAUGACGCAAUACAUGUGUUUUCUAAAGACCCAAUUGGAGCUAGACAUUAAAGUCUCUUUCUACUAAUGCUUUGAAGUCAAUUUCCGAAACAAGUAUAAUUAAUAGUAUGUUAAUUUCUCCAAAAAAAAAGACAUGGGUCCUCAAAACUGUGUACCAGUUCAUUAAUUUUCCUGAUCAAGAGUCUAAGUUUCAUAUUCUUAAUCAGUUAUCCUAUCUCGGAUCCCAUCAACCCAUUGUCUUGACUGUAUGUGCAACCCGUUAUGAACCUGCUUAUCUGAUAAUGAGGCUGCCUGAAAUUUUGUAAGUAAUCUCAACCAUUUGAUACAUUUAAACACGGGCUCAGUCAAAUUGACAAGCUAACAUCUGACACUGGCUUGUAAAGCUCUUUUGUCAUCCAGCGAGGCUUACAGAAUUUUCUGUUAAGACAUUUAACAGAGCUGUAUUCAUUGGGCUCUUUAAUAAGCAUAUAAUCUUCCAUUACCAAAUACUUUGUUAGAAGACAGAAGAGCAUUUUUCCAGCCAACAAACUAUAUUUAUUACAUGUAUAGCACAUAUUUGCAUGAGAAAGAAAAACAUUAGCCAAACAUUUUCCUGUAUGCUUUACUGGUUUCUUGUUUGUGCGCAUUAAAGCAUUUAAUUGCAGAGAGUGCACUUGGGUGUAUAAAUUUAGAAUAGAUUGCUGUUGAGCCUUUUCUGCAGUAGCAUUAGCAAUUUGGUCAUUUAACUACUUUAAGAUAUUUAUAUUUUAUGGUGCGGGUAGCUGUAACAGCAUUUACAUAUAUUUCCUAGUCAACAAGGCUACCUUUUCUUUCAACUUUGAAGGGUCACUUGUUUUGCAAGCCUCUCCAGCCCUUUUCUCCCCCACCCCCUGCCCUGCCCCUUUGGCUCUCCAUGUCCUGCUGAAAGAUGGAGGCCCCAUGUGAUCCGUGCACAAAACUCACCCAUCAGUUGCCAUCAAAAGUCCAUACCUAGUUUGCUUUGCAGUUCUCUUAAAAAGCUAGCUAUGUUGGGAAAGGGUAAGAUAUAUAUUCUUGAUGAAUAUAUUUACUGUUUCACUUUAAUUCUGCAUACCUUUCGUCUUCCUCCUAUAAGUUUCUCUCCUUCAAAUGAGGAAGGGAUUAAGAUUCCUCCUCUCUUUUUAAAGGCUCAGAGCUGCUUUGUAGAAAUGACUAAAAUCCAGAUAUAUACUAAAUAAAACGUUUCACUUUCGCCAAGCAUACCAAGAACCUCUAGGGAAUGCCUAUCCCACAAGUACUUUGCUUUAAUUCAUUUCACUCAAAACGGCAAAUGAUGAGAAGCAGGAGAAAUAUUUCUAUAUCAUCUGAGGCUGUUUUCACUUCUAGAGUAGACCAUGAUAGAAGUCUGUGAGUUUUCACGGUAUAUAAUAAUGCAGACUCAUGCAACAAUGUGGACAUGUGGUCCUGGAAAAAAGAGGAAAUGCUACUUGUGGGUCCUUUUGCUUGUUUCCAAGACUACGAGAUGACUACAGUAUCAUAACCAACACUGUUACCGUGUUUAUGCUAACACUUAAAACAACACAUAGUGGUAUUUACAAACGACUGUGAUUCUCUCCCGCCUUUAUAUGGCUCUACUGGGCAGAAGAUUGGAAUUGUUAGCAAUUAGACUCACGGUCUUUCCUAAAGAGUCUCAACUGUGCGACGGUACAAAUCAUUGCAUUUCAUCCUCAAGGGAAGUCUGAAACAAAUCAAGACAAUUAUUUGUCCCACUUUAAAUGAUCUGUGAUUCGCUCCAAUUAUGAUUGCUGUUUGCAAAAAAAAAAAUGUAUUUUUAGAAUGUUAACGUCUUUUCAUACCUGCAUA